AGUUACGGCUAAAGCGCUUCUCCUCAGAGAGGAAAAAGCGAAAGGCAGCUAUUUCGCCUCUAAUUUUUGUCAAGACUUUCAUCAUAUCUACACGUUUCCACGCGCAUUGAGGACAUUAUUGUUGGAUAGAAAAAAAAAGUUGUUUUUAUUCCAUAAUGAGUCUGGACCCAGGAGCUUUGCAUGAUGGCCUCUUUUAGAAACUUUGAUGGAGUAAACGGCGAGAAUCAAGAAUACUACGAUUUGCAAGUUUUGGUUUUAUGACUUUUUUUUCAUCUGUUCGGUUGGGAUCUGUCGCUGGUCACUUUUUUUUCUUCUUGCUGCUGAGUUUCUCGAUGGCGUAGGUGGCUGCGAGAGUUUUUAAAUCGCCCUUUUGGACCAGGAUUUGAUAUUUAUCACGCUGAUGCAUGUGGAUUAUGUGCGUAAAACAUUUCCGAGCGCGUAAAAACGAGUGAAAAGCCUUCAUCAUCACUUUUCGGAGAGAGAGAGGGAAAUAGAGAGAGAGGGGGGAAUGCGGAGAGAAAACGGCGUCUAGAAGGAUGCUGCUGCUUGUACAAUGGAAGUGAAGAACUCUUUUGCUGUUGUUGCGGUGGUUUGUCUCUUCUUUUGCUCCACUUUCAGCCAAGAACUCAACUCCAAAGGCAGGAAUGUAUGCAAAACACCUGGAUCACCAGGAUCAGUGUGCUGCAGUGGAUGGGGGCAGCUAGGGGAUGAAUGCUUGACACCUCUCUGCGAAGGCAACUUCACCUGCAAGGAGAACGAGGUGUGUGUCAGGCCGAAUGAAUGCCGCUGUCGUCAUGGAUACUUUGGAGCUAGCUGUGACACCAAGUGCCCUGCCCAGUUCUGGGGCCCGGACUGCAAGGGGAAAUGUAACUGCUACCCCAACGGCCAGUGCGACGACUUGACCGGCCAGUGUACCUGCAACCACAACCGCUGGGGGCCUAACUGCGAGAAUGCUUGCUUGUGCCAAAAGGGCAAGUGUGACCAAGACACGGGCAAAUGCACGUGCCACCCCGGCGUCUGGGGCCCGCAGUGCAACAACAACUGCUACUGCAGCAUCAACUCCAUCUGCGAUGCAAUGACGGGGCGCUGCAUGUGCAAUCCCGGCUGGACGGGGAGGAACUGUGCAAUCCAGUGCAACUGUAACAAUUCACCGUGCGACCAGUUCACGGGACGCUGCCAGUGCCGAGAGAGGCUGUGGGGCCCGCGCUGCGAACGCUACUGCCAGUGCAUCCACGGCAAGUGCAACCAGGCGGACGGCUCGUGUACAUGCACGCCGGGCUACCGUGGGAAGUUCUGCAGGGAACCGUGUCCUGCUGGAUUCUAUGGUCAAAACUGCAGGAACAGAUGUGGGCACUGCAAGGGCCAGCAGCCCUGUAAGGUGACAGAGGGACGUUGCAUCACCUGUGACCGAGGCUGGAACGGGACACGCUGCGACCAGCUCUGCUCAAAAGGCUUCUUUGGCGAAAAUUGCCAGGAAGUGUGUCCGACUUGUAAAGACGGCCACCACUGCGACCCCAUUCAUGGCAAGUGCUCUCACUGUAACCCCGGCUGGAUUGGGGACAGGUGCGAGGUGCGCUGUCCCAACGGCACAUAUGGCGAGAACUGUGAAAACAACUGCAGUCACUGUUUUAACGGCAUCUGUCACGUUGUCACCGGAGAGUGCUUGUGUGACGCUGGAUUUUAUGGCACCUACUGCAAUAUGACCUGUCAACCUGGCCAGUAUGGAGUGAACUGCAACCAAACCUGCUCGUGCAAUGACAAGAACUGUGAUCCUGUGUCUGGCGCUUGCUUCCUCCAGCCCAACCAGCGGAUGGGUGUGAUCGCGGCGGGGACCCUGGUCUCCUUCUUGCUGAUCGUCCUCCUCUCGCUGCUCUGCUGCUGCUGCCUGUGUCGACACAAAGACGACCACAACAAAAAAGCCAAGCGGAUCCUGUGCGGACGAUUCAGCCGAAUCAGCACUAAACUUCCCCGUAUUCCACUGAGGCGACAGAAACUGCCCAAAGUAGUCGUAGCCCACCACGACCCGGAGAACACCUUCAACUGCAGCUUCAUCGAGCCCCCCUCGGUGGCCGAGCAGCCCUCCCCCUCCUCCUGGUCGUCCCAGGAGUCCUUCUCUUCCUUUGAGAGCGGAGACGAGGGGCCAGUUUACUGUGUGCCCCAUGAAGAAUCUGUGAACGAGAGCAAAGAGAAGCGCAGCCCCAGCCCGGCGACAGAGAAGCUGGAAGCCGUCCCUGAUGAGGACGACGCCGGAGAGUACACCUCGCUGAAAGACACCAGCAUCACAAAACCAGAAGGCAGCGAGCAGCCCCUGCUCAAGUCCUCCGACAGCGAGGGCUCCACCAGCGGCUCCGAGUCCACCACCGCGGCCCUCUACGCUCGCAUCGCCCGCCUCUCCAAGCAGUCCAAGGAGGACGACGGCAGCGGGAAGGAUGGCGACGGCACUCCGACACCGGAGGCUAAACGCAACGGACGGCCUCCACCUUCACCUGGCAAACCCAAACCACGCCCACCAGACCCGUCCACCAAGCCCAAGGUGUCGUGGAUACACGGAAAUACUACGGGGGCGCCCCAGCCCGAGCAGCAGGGGCAUGGGGGAAUGAAGUCCCUUUCGGUGCCGAAGGAGAAAAAGAGGAGCUCAAGCGACGGCUCGGCCAAGAGCGAGGAGCGCCAGAAAAUGAAGGAGAGAAGCCGCGAGCAGAAGAAACAAGACGGGAAGGAGGCGGACGCCAACGGCUCCCCCAGCAAACACAAACCUCUGCGAGGGAAGAAGUCCGGGGACGAGCACAGCAGUCCCAGCCACAUGGAGCACAUUAACGGCGUGGUUCAGAACGCCCUCAAGAAGAUAAGUAACUUCCACAGCUCCUCGUCCGAGAAGAAGAACGCCGACAGUCCAAAGGAGACCGCCAAGGAGCCGCCAAAGAGCCCCAAGGUGAUCCACCCUCAUAUGAACUCUGAGGCGGCCACGCUGCUGGCCGCUCAGCUCAAGGAGAAAACCCAAAGCAUCAACAGGAACGAGGGGACGGGUCUGACGAAGACAAACGGGCUCUCCACGCCAAAAGGACACCGGGAGAAGCCGACGCCCCCGCAGAAAGCCAAGAGGACCGCGUCCGGCGGUUUUAGCUCCACCAAGCCCCUGCUGCCCACCACGAGCAGCCUCCAGAAGAUGGUGGCGCCCGUCGCCACCGACCUCGGGAACCCCGACGCCAAGAGCCCGGAGAAGCAGGACUUGAACGGCUCGAGGGCAGGGGACCCGACGUUGGAUACCACGCCAAAGAAGACGCCCAUGAAAAAGCCGCCCAGGAAGAAAGGCAAGGAGGGCACUUUGGAUACAUCGGAAAGUAAAACACCCCAGCAAAAGACAGCCAUCAUGCCACCACAGGUAGUGAAAUAAGCGUUUUUUAAAAGACAAACGGCGAAAGCUUUUGAUGGAUUCCAAAGAGACUAAAAUGGAUUUGUUGGAAGGUGAACCAAAGUAGUUUUUCAAUCGAGGAGUUUUAACCUUUUCUGUGUGAGUGUGCUGCGACUCCAGGACCAGUCGAGAGUGAGAAAUGCUUUUAAAUGGAGGGCGAAGUUGAGUCGUAUUGGUGAGUUGUAUUAUAAUGACCUCUAUACACCAUAGUAUUUCAUUUCAAGAAUCCUUUUUUUUUUUUUUUUUUUAUGUAACAAGUAUGUAUCAAUCUCACACCACAACCUGUGGCUAAGCCGGACACAACUGUGAGAACAGUGGUGCACAGACAUAAUCCAUAGUUCAUUCAUCUCUAUUCCUCUGCAGUACGUCCACCACUAUAUUUAUAUACGGAUUUCUUUUGAGGUUGCAUAAUUUUAAUUUGCUAUGCAGGUGCCGGAAAGAUACCUAUUUUUUUUUUAAUGUACGCUCUCCAAAGGUACUAAGGGUACUAAAAAUAACAAGAAAAUGAGAUCCUGUGAGGAUUGCAAGCUAUUUCGUUUCUGUUUGUUUGUGGACCAACAUGCAUAAAUGCAGUUCAAUACCUUAAAUCACCCUCCUCCUUCUUUAUGUCUAGGCGGUUCUUUGCAGGUGAGGAUCUACUUAAUUAUUGUCAAUUAGGAGCAUAACUUUUAGUCUGAGUUGUUGGAGAACUUCUUGUGCAAAGAAAAGAAAGUUUUUUUAUUUCCCUCCUUUUUUUGCUGCAGGAGCAAUUUCCAGGUUGAUAUACCACAUCAUAAGGAGCGCUUUACCUUAAAGAACUAAAUCACCCCAAAGUGCACAGGUUAUGCUAUAUUUAGCACUCAAUUGUGCUUGUAAGUCACCUUUAAUUCCUCACUGAGCUAUAGCAUUGGGUCUCAAGGGUUUUCCAUACAGAAAGGUUACAUUUUUGGAUUUAAAGUCUUUGCUCCCUUUGGUCCGACUCCGUCAGACAUGGUUUGUUGAAACCCAAACAAGCUCUUUGAUCUUUCUGCAAAAGGGGCUGUUUUUAAACCUCUUUCAUACUUCGGCUAACACCAAAUCACCAGAAUGUGCUCUUACUGUAAGUUUUAUUCAGUCAGCUAAACCACUAAACCAAAAAUGAAAUCCCAAGCUAUCCUAUGUCCUCACUUUAUGUCAUGCUUAUAAAUCACUUUAAACUCACUUUCUUUCUUUCUUUCUUUCUCUGCAACACAGCAGCCUCUGCAGUUUCCCCCGUGCUGUAAAAUCAGAUGCAAUGGAUAGUUUUGUAAAAGUCACGACUGUUAGUAGUAUUCUCCACAGAUCCAGAGUACAAAAGGAGAUUGCCAUGUGUCUUUAUCUGCUCUUUCAGUUUAGUCGAGAAACUAGGUCAAUAUCACCAAUCGAGCUACUCCCAUUUCUCAUGAAUUUGUUUACGCCAUCGGGGUAUUGUGUGGAAAAAAAAGAAAACCCUGUCAAGGUUGUUUUCUCCCUUAAGGAUCAUAUUAUCUUAUGCUAGUAGACUCAAAGUAACAGGGUGCUUUAAUUCCAUUUGUUAAAGGGUAAGGCUAAAUGGUACCGUGCCUGGAGUGUUGAAAUGUGCCUCAACUGUGGAUCAGUUUAAGCAAAAGAAGAA